AUGAACCCAGGUAUAAGGGAAGAAAUUAUGAACCCAGGUAUAAGGGAAGAAAUUAUGAACCCAGUUAUAAGGGAAGAAAUUAUGAACCCAGGUAUAAGGGAAGAAAUUAUGAGCCCAGGUAUAAGGGAAGAAAUUAUGAACCCAGGUAUAAGGGAAGAAAUUAUGACCCAGAUUAAAGUAGGAGAGUACAUGAGAGAAGGAACUACCUUAACGUUCGAUGGUCACUGUGUUUCUGUCAUCAAAAGGGAACACUUCCCACACUUUAUUGUGUCAUCUAUACAGGUAACAAAGGCUGGAGUGAGUCGUAAUGUUCAACACUACCAAUAUACCAGUUGGCCAGAUUAUGAUAUACCAAAUGAGGCCAGUUCUUUAGCUCAAAUGAUCCGACACUUCCAAAGAAGUCACUGUACAGGUGGCACUGUUGUCCACUGCUCAGCAGGCAGUGCCAGAACAGGAACAGUUCUCCAGGUACUUCUUAUGUACGAAAUGAUUACAAUCAAAAGAAACUUCAAUCCUCUUGAGGCAGUUAAACACCUGAGGGAGUGCCGAGCUCAGCUUGCUGACAGUCAAGUACAUUACAACUUUAGUCUACAGGUCCUUGAUGAGAUUCUCUUCGGUGAAGACACCAUUGUAACUGCACAAGAUCUUCUGCGUUCCUUGGACAGUUAUUUAAAAAACAGUUCAGCUGAGUUUAUUAGGAUGAAAGCAUUGCCUUCCCCACUCACGUACAAAGGUUCUUCUAAUCCGCGCUUUCUCUCAAUGAAUAGAAAUAUUUCAGUAUUACCUGCAGACUUCCAUCGAGUACAACUACAGACGGAACAUGGACAACCAGAGUCCCAGUAUAUCAAUGCUGUGACCUUAACUGGCAUUCACAAAGAAGCACUGAUAGUUACUGAACAUCCUCUGCCUGUCACUCUCUCAAAAUUCUGGAGACUAGUGGUGGAGAAAAGCUGCUCCCUUGUGCUGCUCUUAAAUACUUUUGAUAAGCAAAUCAAGGAAGAGUUUCCUGACAUAAUACCUGAUGUGGAAGACACAUGGACUCUUGGAGACUUCAACAUCCAGGUGCAAGAAUCCCAGCCUUAUGGAAACUAUCUUAUCCAGUACACUGUAAACAUUACAGACUUAAAGGUCAUCCACUCCUGCGCUGCCAUACACGGCAAUAUAUGCAACCGCAUGCAUACGCACCCAUACCUCAAUGAACCCACUUGCCUACUUCCUUACUACUAA